AUGGACCAAAGUCUCGCCAACAACUUCUGUACCUUUCGACUCUCGACUCCGAUCUUUGUUUCUGAUAGCGACCCGGAUCACUCCUUUGUCCCGAUGGAUUCCAAAGAAACCCCAGCUGCCAUGGCUAACCCUUCCUCGCCAUCUACAAUCGACGCGCCAGGAAACCCAAACGCGAGGAUCAAUAAGAAUGGCCCGCAAGACCAAUUUCAAAUUACUCGGCAUCUACUUUACGAGCGCGACUUUGGCGGCGAUGCUUAUGUCUCCGCACAUCUCCAACGUCUUCAAAACGGAUGCUUCACAGAUAAGAAUAUGCACGAACCGGAUAUGCUUCAUGUUACCUUCGCGGCGAUUACCUUCACAUUCCACCCAAGUUUGUCUGACGUGCAUCGCUUUAGGUCUGCUGUAAUCACGAUCACGGCCAAUUCGUCGCCGGAUGGCAACCCCAUUAAAUUUCUCAAGUUUGCUCCACAUCUAGCGUUCGGUAGGAUUAGCAGUGCCUCAUUGAAAUGGUACUUCCAGCUUGCUGCUACCGUUGGUGUUACAAGAGGUCUCUCAGAAGCGUCGUUGAAACCUUCGCUAGGAUACGAGAAGGAUAUGGUAGUCGGAUCUAUGGUAAAAAUUCAGGGAUCAACACGAAGUACGACUCCAUAUGAGCCUUUUAUAUCCAUCUCUUCUUCCAGCCAGUCGCCUUCGAAAGCACGAAAGAAGCUUCCGGAUACAAGAUUAGUGUGGUCAUUGGAGGAGAAUCCUCAGCAAGAAAGUGGCCUACCAAGAGAAUUCACAUUCGUAUUUUUGAUGGAGAGGCUUCACUCUGACCAAAAAGAAACCAUAAAAAGGUCGUUUGCGGGAAAUGUUGAUGGGAGCUGUUUAAGCGCACCGCCAGCAGUUAUCAAGAAGAAACAGUUAUCGACAUCAACUAAGCCAGUCACGGAGGCCGAACAUAAAUCAAAUACUCGUCCAACAAUGUGCCAGAAAGCGGCUGCCCCGGUGCCUGUUCUAGCAGCAAACAUCGUGGUACAGGAGGAACAGGAAGUAUUAUUUGAUGGCCACGGUAAACCGUACUUGCCUCCUACAUCUGUGCAAUAUACAGCUGUCAUAGAAAGCUCAGGAGAACAAAGUUUCGAUGGAAUUAAAGAGACUAUCGCCAGGGUUCCCCAUGUCCGACUCCGCUCGAGUGAAGAAGAGACGCCAAUCUAUUUCAAAAAGGCGGACCCCAAGACCAAAGAACUCGAUGGUGAUUAUGAUGACGUCUUCACUCCCAUUCAUUUCAACAUCGCCAUACAACCACGAAUCAAUGGUAGCCUCGAGAGUAAAAUUUUUGGCUAUGAUAGUCAACGGUCGAUAGUAUCAGGAGAAGUGGGCCAGGUGUUUCCUACAUCCCUUGCUGGGGAGGGCGCAUCGGCGGAGGAGCACCACCACUGUCUGAUCAAUGGACUGUAUAAUUUUGCCAAACUUCCGGGCAGCUUUGAGGAUCUUGUCGGAUUGCCUGGCAAUUCGUUUAGCACUGUGGAACCCUCGCUGUAA